AUGUACGCGUGGAUCCGCAUGCCAAACGCUUCGGCAUCAGCGCGGCAUCAUGCUCGGGUGGUGGCGUUUGUGAUCAUGUUUGGGGUGAACGCUGUGAACUACACCAUUUUCGAGUCGUAUCAGCUGUACCUCAACCCAAUCGUGCUUCGGCCUGACCUUCCCAGCCAGGCUUUUCCGCACGUCAUCUACGAUGCCAAGGCGAGUGACAUGAAGUUGAUCUGCUAUGCGCUCCUUGUCUUCGUCAUGUUCCCCUUGUUCGUCCUGGGCAGUGCUCAAACAAUUGCCGAGAGUUUGAUUGUGAAUGUGCUGGCAUAUACGACAUCCUCUCUACCACUUCUCUCGGACCAUGUCCUCGUCACCAGCUUGUUUGCCCUCCACGCGAUGGGAGCAGUGAUGAUAGCACUUGCAUGUCGAGAUGAAGUUGAAGUCACAGAUGGGAUGUGGCACCUGCUCCUGCAGAACUGCGGCUACGCAAUCAGUAGCCGCGGCCUCGUCAAGAUCUUCGACUCGCAGUUCCAACCACCUCCGGAGGCUCGCCCCUUUGUGGGGCCCAUCUCGGCAAUGCAUCGCGACGGAGCUUCGAGGAUCUCAUCAACCUGGCUCGCGAUCGCGAGGGGCCUGAGAGUGUGGCGAGGCUUCUGGGCAUCUACGCACGCAGGAUGCGCUACGAGGAGGAGCUUGUUGGGCAGCUCCUCUUGUUGUAUCAUUGCCGGAAAGACAGGAGCUUGGACGCUGCGGUCGUUUUCAAGUUGGUGCUGCUGCUUGGGCUUGGCGGUCAUCUUCACCGAGAAGUCGGCCCGGAGUUUCGGCUGCUUCCUUCGAGCGGCUCCAUGGGGGUGUCAAGUUGUGGGAGCGACCAAGACUCGCAGGGCACACGCACGACAGCAGAGCUUGUGA